AUGAAGACAUUUACUUCUGCUCUCCUCACUUUGGGCUCCGUGAGCACCAUCGUCAAUGCGGUCGCCAUCGACUUCUACGCCAACAGAGACUGUGGCCUCUUCAGCUACAGUAUUGACACGCCGUCCGAAAUUGGAUGCACCACUCUUCCAGAGACUGUCUCCGGCUUGGUCCUUAAGACGGACAUCCCAGACGGCGACUGCUUGAUCAAUCUUUUCAACGAUGAGUCCUGCAUGGGCAAUUCGGUCCAAAACUUCUUGAAUGGAGACACACAAACGAAUGUGUGUCUUCCGGCGCCGCAGCUGUACGUGGCGUACUCGGCUACAGGAUGCUAG